AUUGCCACACACACCUCUAUUCUAUUUCAUUUUCAGGUGAGUCACAUUGGAAUUAACAAUCACUGCUGUCAACUUGGAUAGUUGUCUGCCUGUCCGUCCCAAUGAGAUUUCAGUACUUUGGCAGUGAAAAAUGCCGUGUCUGUCUACAGAGAGCUGGACUGAGGUGCAGGUGGGCUGUCGUAUGAAAUAGGAGAAGGACUUAGUGGACACACACCCCCAAUUCAGUUGUUACACACACACUGUCGCUCGGAGUGGCGAGACGCAGAUGCGCACUCCACAGACACCCAACUCGGCACUCAACUUUUGCUCUGUGCGUGGAUCUAUUAAACAUAUAUUUUCUCUUCAAUGAGCUUGUGAACAAACGGAGGAUAGAUGUUAUUUUGCGGGCUAAUACAUUUUUUCUAAAUAGCCGCAAAGGAUCAGGGUUGGAAUAAGGAUGCCCGAUUGUCUUUGAGACACCUGCGUUGAUUAAUUAGCCUCGCUUGGUGAUUUCUCAAAUAUGGAUUAUGUGCGUAAUGUGGCUCAAAUAGCAGAGAAUGGAUAUUAUUUGUCGGUAAGGAUUUCAUUUUGAAUCGCCCAGUAGUGCAUUGAGGAGAGGGGCAGCCGCAGCCUGACGAUGCCGGACGCGUCUCGGGACGUGCCGGUGCAUUCCUCUCCAGCAGUGGCGGCGAACGCGGAAGGAGACGAGAUAGAAGUGCUGGAGAGUAUCGAUGUUCUUCCCGUGGCUCCAGAGGACUUCGACUCAGAGAGUUCAGGCUUCAUCAGUACAGAGCGGUUCAGAGACCUGCUGGCGGCCCACGGCUCGGAGCUGGACCCUCACAAGCUGGAGGUUCUAUUGGCCCUCGCCGACGGCAACGCAGACGGAAAGAUCUGCUACCAGGACUUUGUCAACCUGAUGUCCAACAAGCGCAGCAACAGCUUCCGGCGGGCCAUCCUCCAGGGAAGUCGUCAGUUGAAGGGGGCCGGGGCCCUGGGGGAGGAGGUGGGUCUGGGUCUGUCCCAGAGGCUGGUGAGGCAUAUCGCCUACGAGACCCUGCCCCGGGAGAUCGACAGGAAGUGGUACUUUGACAGCUACACCUGCUGCCCACCACCCUGGCUCAUCUUGGCUAUCACCAUUGCUGAGGUAGCAGUGUUCAUGUACUAUGGCCUGCAGUUGGACCGCUGGGUGCUGCAGGUGUCCAGUCCCCACUUCCUAAGGGGCCCACUGCCAUACCACCCCCAGCUACGGAUUCAGGCCUGGAGAUACCUCAGCUACGCCUUCAUGCACGCAGGGAUAGAACACCUGGGUCUGAAUAUGGCCAUGCAGCUGCUGGUGGGAGUCCCUCUUGAGAUGGUCCAUGGAGCUCUGAGGAUAGGACUGGUCUACGUGUGUGGUGUACUGGCAGGCUCCCUGGCCGUCUCUGUCACUGAUAUGACUGCUCCGGUGGUGGGGUCGUCAGGAGGAGUCUAUGCCCUGGUCUCAGCACACCUGGCCAAUGUCGUCAUGAACUGGUCGGGUAUGAAAUGUCAGUUUAAGCUGUUCCGGAUGGCCAUGGCUCUGGUCUGCAUGAGUGUGGAGUUUGGCCGUGCCGUAUGGCUGCGGUUCUACCCGCCGGCCUUCCCGCCCUGCCCCAACCCCAGCUUUGUGGCCCACCUGGGGGGUGUGAUGGUGGGGCUCACCCUGGGGGUUGUAGUCCUCCAGAACUACGAGCAGCGUCUCCAAGAGCAGUCUCUAUUCUGGAUCUUCUUCUCUGUCUACUUACUCUUUGUCCUCUGUGCUGUCUUCUGGAACGUCUUUGCCUACAGCCUGCUGGACGUCCGGCUCCCCCCAUGCUUUGAGCUCCAGAGGGGGCUACAUGAGCUGCAACCCCCCCCCCCAGCCCCACAGGCCUCCGAACAAGACUGGUCUCAAUAGUGCAGGGCUGCAUGCUAAGCCAGUUGGGCUUUUCAGAGAAAACUGAGAGGGCCAACUGCGUACCUCAGAUCCGAUGGAACAUAACAAUCUAGGUCCAAGACUUCAGAAUUUGUAUCUUCAUUCUAGAGUACUGUAUGGAACAGAGUAUGGCUGCAUCUCCUCUUAAACCCAAUGGUGCCUGUAACUGUAAGAAAGAGGCUAAUAUGACAGUUAGCAUCAAUAAAGGACAAUUUUAUAGGGUUGGAGAUUGUGAUGAUACACCUGUCUUCAAUCUGUCAUACUAUAGUACUGUUAUCUGAAAUGAAGCUAUGAAAUGUUCCACUGUUGACAUGUUACACUGUACUGAGUACAUCUGAUGUGACAUGGGUGUGUUCCAACUUCCUGAUGUUUGUCUGGAUACCUGACUGUUUAUACAUUCAACGAUGCUACGUGUACAUUGUUGCCUUUCACAAUAUGUCUGGCAAGACAAAUGGCUAAAGCAGAAUGAGAUGGGAACUCAAGCUAGAUAUUUUCAGCGUGAAUUGGCUUACGUUUUUGUUGUUGCCUUUGGUGUGUCUUGCUCUAAGUCUUAACUGUGUCAAGCACUCUUGUCACCUCAAAGCAGUGUGUGUGUGUGUGUGUGUGUGUGUGUGUGUGUGUGUGUGUGUGUGUGUGUGUGUGUGUGUGUGUGUGUGUGUGUGUGUGUGUGUGUGUGUGUGUGUGUGUGUGUGUGUGUGUGUGUGUGUGUGUGUGUGUGUGUGUGUGUGUGUGUGUGUGAGAGAGAGAGAGUUCUCACCUAUACAGUAUGGCAUACACAGUACUGGAGGUGUGGACAGUACUGGAGGAGUGGACAGUUUUGGAGGAGUGGACAG